AUGGGCAGAAGAAGCAGGAAGCAGGCGGAGAGGCAAGAAUUGCAGAGGAUGGUUCGUAAUACUAAUAAUAAGCCAUCCAGAGAGGGAAAGAUACCCAUCCAGCCGCCCAAUGUCAUUGCUCGUCUCAUGGGCGUCGACGCCAUCCCGACGCCGGCACCAAAGCCUGCAGCAAUCAUCCAACCGCAUCGCCUCAAACCACCUGCCACAGCUGAGAUCAAGGUCGUCUCGCCUCGCUCCGCGCCAUUCAAGCAAGCCAGGUGCAGCAGCCUGCUGUCGUACCACAGCCGCAAUGGAGGAGAUUCCGGUUCCAGGCGUUGUCUGAAGAAGACGAGGGUGCCCGGAGGAUCACGCUCGCGCCAGCGCCGUCAUCCCCAGGAGGACCUGCUCCAGAAGAUCAAGCAGGAUUUCCAGGCAUGGCAGACAUCCAAAGCACUGGACGAUUGCUUAGCUACUACUGUUGCAGCGUUUGGGAAUACUCCUAGCAAGGAUCUGGAAAGUAGGUGCAUCCAGAUGAUCGCACAGGAGAACCUGCGCAAGCAAAAGAUGGCAAGAUAUGGUUUUGCAAACAGCAAGGCAAUGGAGAAUGAGAAUUCACUGAAAAAUGUUACAGCGUUUGGGAACAAUAAGGUUGUAGUUGCCGCUGAAGAGAAGGUCACUACAGUACUGAGAGCAAGUCCCUGUGCUGCAGCAUCAGAAAAUUCCGGAGAUUUUGAGGCAGGCAAGGACGGACAUGACCACAGCGCAACUGAUGAAGAGUUGCUGCGGUCACGGACGCCGAUACUGCUCCUCAAGCCUCGCUCCGAUGGUCAGGGACCGUUGUUUGGUGUGCCAAAGGCGAAGAGGGAUGGCAACAUGGCCAGGAUUCUUCAGGAGGUAAAGGAGAUGCUUCAGAAAGAGCUCAAAGCGAACGAUACGACUGAGCUCAACGCAGUAACUUGCUGGGGAACUGAGGCAACGCAAAUCUCUCGCGACAUCGCAAAGCAGACCAAAGAAACUGUCACCAAGGACCAUGGUAAAAGACUCUUCCGGUCAGAGUCCUUCCGCGGUUUCAGAAGCGACCGCAAACGCAAGGAAGCUACUACAAAAAAUGCAUCUCCGGAGCAUGUCAGGAUAGUCGCGAGGAACAUCCUUGCUCACAGGCUCAAGAGUGUCAUAUCAAUAACCGAAACAGUGUCAUCACCGAAUAAAGACGAUGAAGAAUCAAUGAGUUCCUGCUCGAUCAUUAGCAGAGAAAGGGUCAGGUCAUUGGCAGAUGUAUCUCCGUCAGGCAUUAAUGGACUACUAGGCGAGCAAAGUUUCAGGAGCGAGUGCCUGAUGAAGCACAAGGAUGACCGUGCGUCCCCAGCACGGGCACUGUUCCGAUCGUUCUCUGCACCGGAGUUGGGCUUCUCCCUAGGUAGGCUGUUUGGGGAUGGCAGUGUGAGGAGCGCCACGCAUGAAGCUUCAGAAGGUGCUGCAUCGAUGACAAGCAAGAACAAUACUCCUUUUGGCUUCAUCAGGGGGGCGGUCUCAAGCCUGAGGCACAGCUUCAGCCUUAGAAGGAAUCUGUUCAGGAGGAAGACGCAUUGGUCGAAAAAGACGUCUCUUGGUCUUGGGGAGCUCCACCCUCAGAUGGCCAUCGGCACGACGCCUUCGCCUCCUGAAACUACUUUCAACCUCUUCAAGGUUGCGCAGGCUAAUCUCACCGAGUUGCCUCCUAGCCCAGUAUCCAAACUGGAGGUUGUAGGCCACAGUUGCCGCCAUUUCUUCAACGACUUGAACUGCACCUUGCCAGAACUGAGCCCAAAAUGUCUGUCAGAAUUUGAGGCACCUGCCAGUGAAUUGUCAUACAGGACGGAAAUUACUGUUGAAACAGCGUGCAACCUCGACAAGGCCUACGUCAGAGAGAUCCUUGUUGCUGCUGGCUUAUACGACGAUGGGUCACUGGACAACAAGGGCAAUGCAAGGGUGGACUCGAUGGCGAGACCGAUCUGCGACGACAUCUUCGAGGAGGUAGAGGACAUCUACUACUACCGCGGCAAGUAUUGCGAUGAUGGCAUUGCCAUGUACAGCGACGCUGGAGGAAACGCAACGGAUCACAGGAUGCUGUUCGACCUUGCCAACGAAGCACUGCAGAGCUUGGUGCAGGGUGCGAAAACCGGUUCCUCGCUACGGCAAUGGGUCAUUGACAGUACUGGUGUGUCGAGAGGGAUGAGGCUGGUAGAUGAUGUGUGGCAGCGGGUGCAAACGCUAAGGAACCCCCAAAUGCAGGAAAUGCAGACAAUAGAUAGCAUGGUGGCAUAUGAAAUCCGGAAUUCUGCAUGGGCUGAGGUUUUGUACGAGGAUGCCUAUGUUGUUGGGAGGAAGAUUGAACGUGCCAUCUUCGAUGAACUGAUUGAAGACCUUCUCAUAGAGGUUUUCAUCUGACAAAACCAAGCAGAUGCUUACAUCGACAAGCGACUUGAGCUGCAAAUUUCAAUGCAAAAGUUGCAUGUCUUGGAAAUUCAGCACCUUACUAUAUAUAAGUUUUCUUUUUGUAUUUACUAAAGAGAAGUAUCCCUCAAUAGAGAAAUUAUCUGAGAGUUUGACACUCCAAUAAGCACAGUAGAAACUGUUAGAAAUGA